CGGAUCGGUGUAUCCAGAACAUCUACCAGGAGUUCUGUCUGGGUCAGGAGAGAGGGUACUCGGGAAUAAUGGCGGAGCUCCUACUACAGGCCGAGCUUCCACUGGACUCCAUCAAAGCCAAUGUCACCGAACUGAUGGCGGGAGGAGUGGACACGACCGCCAUGCCGUUGCUCUUCACUCUCUUCGAGUUGGCUCGGAACCCAUCUGUGCAGAGAGAGUUGAGGGAAGAGAUUCGGAAGGCCGAGGCGCAGAACCCCAAAGACCUGAGUCAGUUGCUGAACUCGCUGCCUCUCCUGAAAGGAGCGAUCAAGGAAACCCUCCGGUUGUAUCCCGUAGGGAUCACCGUCCAGAGACAUCUGACCAAGGACACCACUCUGCACAACUACCACAUUCCCUCCGGGACUCUGGUGCAGGUGGGUCUGUACACCUUGGGGCGCAGUCCCCUCGUGUUCCCGGACGCCCUGCGCUAUGACCCCGCGCGCUGGCUCAGGAGGGAGGAAACAAACUUCAAGGCUCUGGCAUUCGGCUUCGGCUCGCGGCAAUGCAUCGGACGCAGGAUCGCCGAGACGGAGAUUGCGCUUUUCCUGAUGCACAUGUUGAAGAAUUUCCAGAUAGACACUGUGAGCAAAGAAGACGUCAAAACUGUCUUCGGAUUUAUUCUGAUGCCGGAGAAGACGCCUCUCCUCACCUUCAGACCCAUCUGA